UUGCUCGGUCUCCGGGUUUCCGCUCCGUCGGUCGCCCCCUCAGGGAGUGGCUGCGGGAGGUGCACGGUCGGCCCGGGGCUGACACGACCCGCGCCGGGACGCUGGCGACCCUGUCACGCGCCCCGGGUGGUUCGCCUCUCAUGGCGAGGUUCUGGGUCUGCGCGGCCGCCGCCGUCUUCUCGCUGGCGUUUCUGAUUCUGCACUCCUGCUACUGCGGCCCUCCAAUGUUAAGGAGCUUUGUUUUUGUAAAUCGCUGGACCCCCGAGAAACCCCUUUACCGACUGGACCUGGACUGGCCGAAGUAUUCCGAAAUGUUCACUGGAACACCGUUCUGCGUUGCGGUUGAUUCAGCCAACGGGUUGGUUUACGUCGCCCAAAGAGGGGAUAACAUCCCAAAGAUCUUAGUGUUGUCAGAGGACGGACAUUUACUACGAGCCUGGAAUUACACAGUUGACACACCUCAUGGCAUGUUUGCAGCCAGCACACCAUACGAACAAACUGUCUGGAUCACGGAUGUAGGAAGUGGAUCCUUUGGUCAUACUGUUAAAAUGUACAAUUCCUUUGGUGACCUUGUUCAAGUCUUGGGCACCCCAGGCAAAAAAGGCACAGACUUGAAUCCCCUGCAGUUUGACAACCCUGCAGAAUUGUACAUUGAGGAUACGGGAGAGAUUUACAUUGUGGAUGGAGAUGGAGGGCUGAAUAACAGACUGUUGAAGCUGUCCCCAGAUUUCAUGAUGCUCUGGCUGCAUGGUGAAAGUGGCACAGGGCCCACUCACUUCAACAUACCUCACAGCGUGACCGUCGACUCUGCUGGUCGGGUAUGGGUUGCCGACCGAGGAAAUAAAAGAAUCCAAAUGUUUGAUAAAGUCACCGGGGAGUGGUUAGGCAUGUGGGAUGAUUGCUUCACAGAAGAGGGACCGUCUUCAGUCAGGUUUACUGCUGAUGGGAAGUACGUGUUUUUCGCUCAGCUAAAUCUCAGCCGCCUCUCCUUUGUGGCUGCGCCCCCAGCAGGAAGCGUCGGCCGCUGCUCUGUGGUCAGCACCAUCCAACUUGCGGAUCAGGUUUCGCCCCACCUUGUGGACGUGGACAGGAAGACAGGAGCCAUCUACGUAGCAGAGAUUGGAGCCAAACAAGUACAAAAAUACAUCCCUUCAAGUAGCUAGCUCUUCCUCUUCUCUGGGCUCCUAGUUUUUCUUUGCCUGGACAUCGAUCUUUCUAUGUGGAAGCUCCAAUUCUCAUGUCGAUUGCAAGAACACUUUCCUCUCUUUUUACCAGAGUUAGUAUUAGAAAGGUUUAUUUUUUAUAUUGGUAUGAAUCAGGUUUUGCUGCUGAUCUUGAGAAUUCAUUUUACUUGUAAGUGCAUAGAAAAAUAUUGUAAAGCAAGAAAUGUAAUUCUAGGUAAUAGAUCUGACGUGAGGAAGGACGGAAGUCGUGACUUAGUUUCCCUGGGAAACCCGGAAUGAUUGUGAGCCUGGAGGAUGUUUUCCUGAAUUCCAUGGGGAGUAUUGUCAACCUCAUAGCUUGAUCACUUUUUAGAAGGCAAACACCUGAGGGGUUAGAGGCAGGUGUGCUCAUUAUUUUAAAUACUAAAUUUGAGAUUCAUAAAUGGAAAGACCAGGGCUCCUCUGCCUUUAGAUUGGCUUUUAAUCCAACGGAGAGAAACAGUUGUACGUUUACUGUGAACUUUGGCCUUUUUAUAGCCCAACUUUGCUUGGACCUUGAGCUUUAAGAUACUGAAUAUCACCUUUUAAAUGAAAUAAAAAGGCAUCUAAGCACUUUACUGAAAGGGAUUUUUACAAAUAACUGUAUUUUUAAAUAUAUAUAUUGGAAAACCUCAAAUAUGGGGCAUCUCUGUGUUUCCUCAUUUCUUUGUUUAACAUCAACACCAUUCCUUCAUGGCAUUGUCUACCUCUAAGAAGUGUCAGGAUAAUAAUUUAUAUGGAAAUGUGUGCCAAACCUUCCCUCCACCUACCCCCUGUCAAGUCUGAGGAUUGGCUUCCCAAAUAAAAGUUUUCUGGUUGGUUCUAGUGUA